AUGUCAGGUCCAGAAAAUUGGGAUGUAAACGAAUUAAGUGAUCCUAUUGAGUUUGAAGGAGAGCAUUCAGCAAAUGAAAUUGACCAGUCUGAAAUCAAUUUGUUAGGAUCACCAAAAUUGGAUGAUAAUUUAUAUACACUGUGGCAAGAAUUGGUCGAAUCAGCUGCGCAAAAAUCAAUUUCAGUAGAGAGUAAAUUAGAUGAACAAGACUAUGUUCAAUGUGUUGGAGCUUAUAUCUCUGGCAUAGGGCAUCGGGAUAUUAUCCCACUACGGAAACGUUCUAGUGGUCUCGAAUUAUUACGGAACACUGGGAUUAGUCGAACAUACUUUGGGAAUGAUUUACUUAAACAUUUAAUAGUUAAUAAUUCGAAUGAAGAGUCUAAUGAGAACAACGCAUGUCAUUCAAAUGAAUCUCCAGAUACAUGGGCUAACAGCAAUUGUGAGAAUGCAUUCAUUGGCUCCGGAAUUUUGGAUGUGUUAUCAAAAUUAGUCUUGCCUUUAUCACUAAAAACAGAUGGUUACUUACGUCAAAAUUUAUUAAAAACUGUCAAAUGUACAUAA